UUCUCAAUACUCAUAUUCCUAGUGUGUGUAACUGUGGAAUCCCAACAAAAUCAUUCAAGCAAGAUAGUGAUUAGUUUAGGCUCUUCACUUUCUUCCACAAAUACUCCCACGUCAUGGUCCUCUCCCUCGGGCCUAUUUGCAUUUGGUUUCUACACACAAGAUAUCGGCUUUAAGGUCGGAAUUUGGCUCAAUCACUGCAAAACAGUUGUAUGGACGGCAAAUAGAGAUGAUCCACCAAUCACCUUCGGUUCGACCCUCGAGCUCACCAGGGAUGGGAAACUUGUUCUGAGAACAGAGCACCGAGAAAAGAAACAAAUAGCAAAGACUCUGGCCUCUGCAGCCUCUGCCUCCAUGCUCGAUUCUGGAAAUUUUGUUCUGUACAACAAUGACUCCGAAAUCAUUUGGGAAACUUUUGCUUUUCCCACUGACACCAUUCUAGGAGGACAGAACCUGUCAAUCGGUGGGACGCUGGUCUCUAGUGUAUCAAACACUGACAGCUCAACCGGGCGGUAUCAACUCAAGAUGCAGGAUGAUGGGGACCUUGUUUGGUACGCACUAAACACUGAAGAAACAAUAAUAGAUGGUUACUGGGACUCGAACACUUGGCAGAAGGCCCCCGAUUUCCUUUACCUCAAUCAUUCAGGCAUUCUGGCUAUCAUAAACAGCACUAGUUUGGAUAUGAUCCGAAUCUUGUCUGCUAACAACAACAACAGCAACACGAUCAUUUAUCGUGCAACACUUGAUUUCGAUGGAGUUUUCAAAUUGUACUCUCAUAAAUUCGAUGAGAGUACUGGUGAAAACCAGAUUUCAAUUGAGUGGAAAGCACCUGACAAUCCAUGCCAAGUGAAGGGUUUUUGUGGCUCAAACAGUUACUGCACAUUAGAUGACUACCAGCCAUACUGCAUUUGUCUUCCUGGUACUGAUUUCAUUGAUCCCAACCAGCGGUCUCUUGGUUGUGGCAGAAACUUCUCGCAGGAAAGUUGCAAGGGUGGGAUAGAAAACACCACCUCAUUUAACAUUACUACCAUGGACAAUAUGAUGUUGGCUGAUGUUCCGUAUGCAUAUGAAUCAAUGUCUAUAGAAGAUUGCAUGACGUCUUGUUUGGAAGAUUGCAAUUGCGAAGUAGCUCAGUACGUGGUUAAGUAUUGCUCGAAACAUAGUCUUCCACUUAGAUAUGUCAGAAGAGAUACAACUCCAUCCAAGGUUUUCUUUAAGGUGGGCACAGCGAGUGUCAUCAAAAGCGAGAAUGGGACAACUCCUCAGUUCAUGAAGCCAACACCGCAGCCACCACUAGUUUUGGUGAAGAGCAGAAACACAGUAAUGCUAAUACUUGUAACUAUGGGUUUACUUACAAGUUCAUGUGCUGCUCUUGCCAUCUCUGGGAUAUACGUUUACAAAUUUAGAGUUUUGAAGUACAAAAGGUUGUUGCAAUAUGGAAACUCCUGCAUUACAGAGAAGCUCACCAUGCAAUUGUUUUCAUACAGUGAGCUCAAAAAAGCAACCAAUGGGUUCAAAGAAGAGCUGGGAAAGGGGUCAUUCGGAGCAGUUUACAAAGGCACUUUGUACAAAGGAAAGAUGUUGAUUGCAGUGAAGAGACUUGAGAAGGUUGUGGAAGAAGGUGAAAGAGAGUUUCAGGCAGAGAUGCGAGCAAUCGGGAUAAGGCACCACAGAAACUUAGUCCGGUUGCUUGGAUACUGUAUUGAGGGUUCUAAAAGGCUUUUGGUUUACGAGUACAUGAGCAAUGGCUCUCUUGCAGAUCUUCUUUUCAAAUCUACAAGGCGCCCGGAUUGGAAAGAGAGAAUCAGAAUCGCCCUCAAUGUCGCGAGAGGGAUCCUCUAUCUACAUGAAGAGUGUGAGACUCCUAUAAUUCAUUGCGAUAUAAAGCCUCAAAACAUAUUGAUGGAUGAAUUUUGGAAGGCAAAAAUCUCCGACUUCGGGUUGGCCAAGUUGUUGAUGCCUGAUCAAACGAGGACCUUUACAGGAGUUAGGGGGACUAGGGGAUAUUUGGCUCCAGAAUGGCAGAGAAACAACCCCAUAUCGGUCAAGGCUGAUGUUUACAGUUAUGGGAUAGUGUUGUUGGAAAUUGUUUGUUGCAGAAGAAACUUGGAAGUUAAUGUAUCAACACCAGAAGAGGUGGUUCUCUCUAAUUGGGUCUAUAGGUGCUUUGCUGGGAGGGAGUUGAACAAGCUUACUGUUGUGGGUGAUGAAGAAGUUGACAUGAAGACACUCGAGAACAUGGUUAAAGUGGGACUCUGGUGUAUUCAAGAUGAACCAGCUCUCCGUCCUUCCAUGAAAAGUGUAGUUCUGAUGCUUGAAGGCAUUACUGAUAUAUCAAUCCCUCCAUGUCCAACUACGUACUAAUGGAUGUCAUCUAUAGAAGUUCAUUAAUAACGUACCAGCAUCAUCUUCUGUUGGAGAUCAAGGAUUAGCAGUUCUACUGAAUAGACCAUGUGAUUGCAAUAAUAUUUUUAUUUGAAGGAUAUCUUAGUAUAUAAUUAAUUGUUGCUUAUAUAUAUAUAUAUAUAAUCUAUUAAUGAAGUUAUGUAAUUUUAAUAAUUUCCUCUCUUAUAGUAAAUGUGCAAAUAGUUUGCCAGUGUAUGUAAUGAUAAAUUUCGAUGUUGUUGUAAUCAAUAAAUAAUAGU